GUUCGAAUUACAGUCAUCAGUCGAGAGCCGGAGUUGGGUCUGAUCAGAUCCACAGCACUCUGACGAGGUUUCUUGAACGGAAAAGUAGAAACACUUUCACCGAGAUGCUGAGGGAAACGAUUCUCGUUUUCGCGGCGAUCAUUGUGUUUGCCAGUGCCACGGUAGUUAAUCGCUGCGAACCUGGCUCCCCCCCGUUCGAAGAUGCCAAUCAGAUCAAUAUAUCCGACUGCGAUAAACCUGUAUGUUCAUUAAAACAGGGAUCGACUGUCACUAUAGAAAUGAAACUCGUGCCUAACAGAGAAAUUCAUAGUUUGAUCACUAACGUGAACGGGAUUAUUUCUGGCGUACCCUUACCGUUCAUAGGAGUUGAUGGAGCAAAUGCCUGCGACAAUAUUUACAACGCUGAUGGUAGCAAAGCUGGUUGUCCCUUGAAGAAAGACGAACAAUACGUAUACAGAAACAGUUUUCCUAUUCUGUCAAUAUAUCCCAGGAUUCCAGUAACCGUACAUUACGCAUUGAAAGAAGGAAAUGAUAGAGUUAUAUGCUUUGAAAUACCAUCGAAAAUUACGAAAUAAAGUGCUUCGUUUUGUUGAUUUCGGUAUAUUACAAUUAAAAGUCGUAGUGAGCAUAGUCAAUGUAACUCUGAGCUUAUAUAAUUUAAUUGGCUGAUAUUAUGUACCACUGUAUGCAAAUAAUCCUUCCUAUACAGAAUAUUGUGAUGU